AUGGCUGCAAUGGAAUUUGAUGAAGUUUAUGAAGAGAAUCGAGGAGUUCUAAAUCCCGGCCGUCUUAAAUUACAAUCAAAUUCAAUUGUAUUCAAAAAUUUACGAACUGGAAAAGUAGAAACGUUGGGUAAAGACGAUAUUGAGAAUGUAAAAUGGAUGAAACGUUCACGUGGUUAUGGUUUAAAAUUUACAACAAAAAGUGAAACGGUAUUUCGUUACGAUGGAUUUAAAGAUACGGAUUUAGAACGUUUGAAAGAAUUUUUAACAACUAAUUUUGGUAAAAACAUUGAGAUGCAAAAAUUAUCAACAAAUGGUUGGAAUUGGGGAAAGGGAAAUUUUAGCGCUGGUAAUUUGUCAUUCGACGUUGAUAAUAAAACAGGAUUUGAAGUACCAUUGAAAAAUGUUUCGAAUGCAAGCAAAGGAAAAAAUGAAGUUACAUUACAGUUUCAUCAAGCUGAUGAUGCCAAAGUGUCAUUGAUGGAAAUUCGUUUUUUUAUUCCACAAUCAGAAACAGAAAAUGAUUCAGUUGAAGAAUUUCAUCAAAAUGUCAUGAAAGGCGCUGCAGUUAUUACGGCGAAAGGCGAUGCAAUAUGCAGUUUGUCAAAUAUCAAUUGUCUUGUGCCACGCGGUCGGCAUGAAUUACGUUUUUAUCCCGGAUUUGUUGAUUUACGUGGUAAAUCGUAUGAUUAUAAAAUUCCAUACAAUCAAAUUACACGCGGCUUUUUGCUACCACAUAAAGAUAAUCGACAGAUGUUUUUUGUUCUAAGUCUUGAUCCUCCUGUAAAACACGGGCAAACUCGUUAUCAAUAUGUUAUAUUCGCGUUUUAUAAAGAAGAAGAAACAACCGUUGAAUUAUCUUUAACACCUGAAGUAAUUCAAGAAAAAUAUGGUAAUAAUCUUCAAAAAAAAAUGUCAGGAUCAUAUCAUGAUAUUGUAUCAAGGUUAUUUCGAGCUAUUACCGAACAGCGCAUUACUGUUCCAGGUUCCUUUAGCAGUAAAAAUGGUGCUAAAUGUGUCAGUUGUGCGUAUAAAGCAUCAGCUGGUCUACUUUAUCCACUAGAACGUGGAUUUAUUUAUAUUCAUAAACCACCAUUGUAUAUGCAUCAUGAUGAUAUAGCAUCCGUUAGUUUUAAUCGAUCAAAUGCUGUUACUGGACGAACAUUCGAUUUUGAAAUUACUAUGAAUAAUAGUGGAAUAUCCCAUGUAUUUAGCAAUAUUGAGAAAGAAGAAUAUAAACAUAUGUCAGAUUUUCUUGUUUCAAAAGAUUUGAAAAUACACAGUGCUGGGAAAGAUUGGGAUAAAAAGGGAGGUUUUGGUGUUGAUAAAGUUAAAGAUCAUGAUGCAUAUUUAAAUUAUGUCAAAAGUGAAGGACAAGAACGAGAAGAUGACGACGAUGAAAGUGAUGAUGAUGAAGAAGAAGAAGAUGAGGAUUUUAAUGCAGCAAGCGGUGGUGAUGAUGAUGAUGAUUUAGAAUAUGAUUCAAAUGCGUCAAUAAAAAGUUCGGACGAGGAGGAUCCUGACAGUAGUAAAAAAGGUGAUGAAAAUGGGAAAAAAUCGUCUGACACAACAGUGAAAAAGAAGAAGUCAUCACCAGUUGCCACAUCAAAAGAUGUAGGGAAAAAAAGAGUAAACGAUAAACCAUCAACAUCGUCAGCAGUACCGGAAAAGAAGAAGAAAAAAGAGAAAUCGAAAGAAUUACCACACAAUCCCGAACCAGAUGAAAAAUGUAAUGCCUGUAAAGAAUUUCGUACAAAACUAAAACGUCGAAUACGCUACGAACCAUUGUCUGUAAGGAUGGUAUUUGGUAAAAAACAUAGAAAAAUACCAAUAACAGAUGAACCAACAAUAACUCUGUAA